AUGAGCCAAGAACCUCCACGUCAAUUGGGUGUCACUUUGCCUAUAUCAACAGCUCCACCUACUGAGAGCGAGCUCAAAUUAACGGAAGACUUGCUGCAAACCCUGAAGGAUUUUGGUUUGUUUGAGAGUGAGCAAGAGGCCCAAAAGAGAAUUGUUGUACUGGGCAAGCUCAACAAGAUGGUCAAAGAGUUUGUCUACAAAGUGAGCAAAAUGAAGAACUUUCCAGAUUCACUUGCCAAGGAAGCUGGUGGCAAAAUUUUCACCUAUGGUAGUUACAGACUUGGUGUCCAUGGUGCCGGUGCUGAUAUUGAUACAUUAUGCGUGUUCCCAAAGCAUGUGGAGAGAGAGCAUUUUUUCACAAUCAUGUACGACAUGCUGAAAGCCAGGCCUGAAGUCACCGAGAUCGCAGCAGUACCUGAUGCCUACGUACCUGUCAUUAAAAUGCACUUUUCUGGUAUUCCUAUUGAUUUUAUUUGUGCAAGAUUGGCGAUUGCUCGAGUACCUGACGAUUUAGAACUAGCCGACAACAACAUUCUUAAAAGCUUAGAUGAACGAUGCGUACGUAGUUUGAACGGUUCUCGAGUCACUGACGAUAUCUUGCGUCUUGUACCCAACGUUGCAACAUUUCGAAUUGCUCUGCGCACUAUUAAACUAUGGGCUAAAUGUCGUGGGAUUUACAGUAAUGUCAUGGGUUUUUUGGGUGGUGUUGCUUGGGCCAUGUUAAUUGCACGUAUUUGCCAGCUAUAUCCUAAUUCCUGUGCAGCAUCCAUUGUGCAUCGAUUCUUCAGCAUCAUGUCUCGCUGGAAAUGGCCGCAGCCUGUAUUGCUUCGACCUCUGGAAGAUGGACCACUUCAAGUGCGUGUUUGGAACCCCAAAUUAUAUCCAGCAGAUAGAAGUCAUCGCAUGCCCAUCAUCACACCAGCCUAUCCAUCCAUGUGUGCCACGCACAAUGUCACCGACUCGACACGAACCAUCAUGAUGAAUGAAUUCAAACUGGGCGUGGAUGUUGUGGAGAAGGUCAUGAUUGGCAAUGGGCAAUGGAAGGAUCUGUUUACAAAAGCCAAGUUCUUUCAUGAUUAUAAGCACUAUCUGCAAAUUACGUCUUCAUCUGAAUCUGCUGAAUCACAAUUAGUUUGGUCUGGUCUGGUGGAAGCUAAAUUGCGUCAGUUGGUUCUCAAGCUGGAGGUGGUGGAUAUGAUCACUUUGGCACAUCCCUAUGUCAAGGGCAUCGAUAAAGUGCAUUACUGCUUGACGCCAGAAGAGGCUGAGACUGUGACAAAAGGCGGUGAUUUGCCAGGACGAUCGAUUCGAGUAGAAGAAGGCAGCUUGGAGAUGAAUCACACGGAAUCACUCAAGCAGCAGGGUCUGGUGACGGAAGAGAAUGAAAAGGAUAUCAAGCGCAUCUUUUCAACGACAUUCUACAUUGGAUUUGUGAUUGAGCCCAAGAUUGCUGGAGGAGAGCAGAGGAAGCUGAAUCUCGUUUGGCCUGUGCAAGAGUUUACAAAACUAGUAAAAACAUGGGAUAAGUUUGACGAAAAGGAGAUGAAGAUCACGAUUCAGAGUAUUAAAGGAUCGAAACUGCCAGCAGACCUUAUUGGAGAAGAAAAGAAACUCAAGAGACCGCAAGAAAAGUCAAAGAGCGACGAAUCUCCUAUGCAACCCGCCAAGAAGCUUCGUAGCGACAAGAGGGAGGGUGGCGACAUUGUUAAAAAGGACAUUUUGACUCCAUCUGCCACUGCUGCCAUUAUCCAACAGCAAGAAGUCUUGUCGCCUCCCAAGGAGGCUCCCGUAACAGCUGCCGAGUAG